AUGAACAACAACCAACCCGGAGAUCAGAUUAGACCUCACUAUGAAGGUCCGGCAGACAGCAGUAAAAGCUAUACAGACUCCAGGGAUAAUGGUGGUGGAUACAGGAAAAGAAAAUUCAGCGGAAAUGAAUCAUAUGGUGAUAUUGUGCCGCUCAAGAAAAAUAGUGAAACUGGUAAUCCUUCAACGGGGCGGACCAGAUUCAAUCGUCGGUGUCCAUACAAUUCACACUUGUCACAAGAUCAGGCAUAUGGGCCGAACUAUAAAAGGAUUAAUACUGGAAGCAGGAACGAUUCUAGUGCAAACACUAAUUCAAGCAGAAGUUCUAGCAUUGGUACAAAUACAAGUGUGAGAACAGGUCCUGUGACAAACUCAAGUGCAAACUCGAGCCUCACUGCCAAGGUAGGCGGUAUUAUAGAUGGAAAUGCCAAUACUAGUGCAAGUUCAUGCUCAGAACGAGAUGGAAAUGCAAAUGCAACUGUGAAAGGAAGUAUGUAUGGAAAUGUGUCUAAGGGGCAAGAAGCAGGACAACCACAAAGUACAGAUGAAGAACAGAAGGCAGUUCAAGCACAGGUGGCAGUUCAAGCACAGGUGGCAGUUCAAGCACAGGUGGCAGUUCAAACACAGAAAACCGAUCAAACACAAAAAGCUGAUCAAACGCAAAAAACUGAUCUAAUACAAAAAGCUGAUCAAGCAGCUCAGACAGCAGUUCAAGCCCAAGAUGUAGGACAAGUCACAGAAGCUAGUGCGAACGUAAAUGCAAAAAUGAGCGUGGAAUCAAAUGCAAAUCCAGCUACGGAGGCAAAUGCAAAGAUUAAUGCUGGUUCGAAGACAAAGGUGAAUGCUGCAUCAAGUAUAAAUGUUAAUACCACAUUAAGUACAAAUUUUAAUGCAAAACCAAAUACAAAUGCUAACGCAAAACCAAAUGCAAAUGCAAAUGCAAAUGUUAAUACCGCACCAAGUGCAAAUACAAAUGCAAAACCAAAUGCAAAUGCAAAUGCAAAUACAAACACAAAUACAAAUGCAAAUGCAAAUGCAAAUGCAAAUGAAAAUAAAAUUGCAACUCCAACUGCAAAGACAACUAUAGAUAUAAAUCCAAAGAUGGACACAAAACCAGAAACAAAUUUAAAUGUGAAAUCAGAAGCAAAAACAGUUUCUACAUUAAAUACAAAGCCAACUCCAGAGACCUCAAAGUCAACAAAUGGUAUCAAUAUUCUUGGAAGAGCUGCUGAACAAUCAAAAAGUAUUGCCGCUUCACAAAUGGCCAUAUUGAACGGCUCGAUGCCAGGAGUAUUAAAAGCCGCACAGCAGAAUGAUGGAAAUUCUAGUGACUCAAGAUUAGAUGCUAGCGUCCAACUCCAGAAGAAGGCCAUUAUGUAUAAAUCGCUUCUUGUGAAGCAUCCCACAGAUCCGGUAAUUGAGGCUAUAGAAAGCUUGAGGAGACUAGGAUACGGAUAUGAGCAAAUUCUAGAGGAUUCUGGUUGCGAUCCGGUCUUUUUAGAGCAACUAUUCUGGUAUAUGCAUAUUCCAAUAGUACACAAAAAAAGAGUUCCAUUAACCCGCAAGAUGAAACGUAUCUCAAAUUUACCUGAUUUGUUCACUGAACCAGCAGGAUUGAAUAUUACCAACAUCAAGCCGAAGAUAGAGCUUGAUGACACAGUUAACAGUAAUUUUGAUGGUGAUGAAGAGAAAAAUAAUAAUAAUAUGGAAACUCUCGAGGCAAUAAGCAGGCCAAAUAGCUUGAUCAGUGGAAAAGCUCAAGAGGGAACAAAAAUCCUUGCGAAGGAAAUUCAAGAGAAACAAAAAAUGCUGGAGAGUAAAGAUUUUGAGGAGAAGGAGGAGCCGGUUAAGAAUGUGAUUGAAAAGCAGGAGGGCUUAGAUAAGAAGGAGAUUGAGAAACAGGAAGAGCUAGACAAAAAUGAGACUGAUAGAUCAAAGGUGUCAGAUGAGAAAGUUCCAGAUAAGAAGGAUAUGGAUACAUUAAAAGUGCCAGAUAAAAAGGAUAUUGAUAAGCCAGAAGUUCUAGAUAAGAAGGAUAUUGAUAAAUCAAAAGCUGUUGAGAGUCUGAUCAAUCAACCAGAAACACCAGCAAAAAAUGAGCUUAAGGAGCUGGAUAUGGCUGGAAAGACCGUUAAGCAAAUAAAAAUGUCCAAUAACGAAAAUAAAAUGGCUGAAAUACCAAAGAGUGAAAAGGAAAUAUUUAGAACAUCUCCAGCCGAAAUAAAGCAGGUAGAGAGCGGUGUUCCGAUCGAACAAAAUGAACAAGGCAUUGAUAUUAUCAGCGAAAAUAAAGCAGGCAUUCCAUUUAAUAAUACAAACUGGAAGAACGAUCUGAUACUUGAGCUAAGUGAUGAUGACAUGGCCGAAGAAACUAAUGAAAGCGUUGAGAAAAGUGCAGCAGAGCAGUUAGCGAUGAAGGAACGAGACAUAGAGAAGCUUCGCAGUUACAUAGUUGAACUGGAAGAGAGAAAGAAAAAGAAGCAAAACAUGGAUGAGAAUGAAUCGAAGCCUAUGUCAGCAGAAGAUUAUCGAAAGGCAAGAAUGGAAGCCUUGAAGGAGGAAAUAGCAGCUAAACAGCAAAAACUAGAGGAGGCGAAUGAAUUUUGCUUGAGUCUUGACAAUUCGAUAACUGUGCAAAUGCAGAGGAUAAGUGAUCAGCAAGAGCAACUAAGAAAUACUUUAAACGAGAUAGAGCAGAAGCAGGAGGAGAUUGAUAAGUGUGAGAAAGAGCUUCGGGAGUUGGAAAAUAAGCAUGAGCAGGGUUCUCAGAAGACUGCUAAUGGCAAAGAAUCCAAACGAGCAGGAAAACGUAAAAGAUCUGCAUCUCCUGUUUCCAAAGAAACGUCGAAAUCGUCUAAAUCCAGGAAAAGAAAGCCGGUUAGUCGGGAGGUUGUUAGUUUGCUAGCUAUAUGA